UUCAAACCUUCCACAUUUGUCUCAUCUCUUCUCAAAUCUCCUAAAGGUUGGAUCUUUCAAUCUCUACUAUAAAGAAUCCCAAUCCAUUUCGUCAUCUUCCUCCUCCUCCUCCUCCUCUGCUGGACAUCCUUUUCUCGAUCUCAUCAGUGGAGGAAACAAUCCGAGUUGUCUCAGCGGACGGAUCUUCUUCAGGGAUCGCGAACAGGGUUAGAAAUCCUCAGAUCGACAUGUUUGCUGUUCAAAGUUCUAAUCUUUCGGAUGCAGUCUUCUCCCCUGAUCAAUUAGUGCGAGCCUUCAACAACUUCAAGAAGAGCGGCAUGCCUUCCAGGUUCCUUAUCUUCUCUGGAGAUGCCUGGGUAGACUUUGCGCAUCAGGUGUUCGACGAAUUGAAGGCAGGAUUUUUAGCCGGCAAGACGAUAUUUGAGGCAACCGUAGAUCAAAAGUCAUAUCUUUUUGACUUCCUACGUUUGAUCCGAAUUGAUUCAGAGACAGGAAGGCAGCAUUUGAUUGCUUGGAUCGAUGUUCAUGGCCGCCAUUUCUUUCCAAAAAUUGCACUGGAUGAUAAUAGCAACCUCCUCUUCAAGUCUUCUCCACAACUCCAUCAUCCUCUCGUGGCAAAGAAAGCUGAUAUCUAUGAAGAGAACAUGGAGGUCUCCUCCGACAGAUGGCCGGGUGCGAAAAUGCUGAGAGAUGAUGACAAGUUCUACAAAGUAGUGGAAAAAUUGUUUCUUUCUGGCAUCAAAAGAUUCAUUGUCAACACUCUGAUUACCUCUAUCAACCGAUGCUCUCAUUCAACCGUCGCUGGAAAUUCUCGUCUUUUAUCUUUCAAGGUUCAUAAGAGCGCGACAAUGGAAUCUCGAGGCAAUGCCAAUGUGAAGUUUGGAUGGUAUGGCACAUCUGCAGGUGAUAUUGCUGCAAUUAUGACUAAUGGAUUUAAGCAGUCAAACAGCAACAAGCUGGGGCUUGCUGCCCAUGGUGUCGGCAAUCAUCUCUCACCGCCACAUUUUCCUUACGGAAGUGCUCUGAUGUCAGAAGCUGAUGAAGAUGGUGAGAGACAUGUGAUUCUUUGCCGAGUUAUUAUGGGGAAUUCUGAGAAAGUAGAAGCGGGCUCUACGAUGGACCAUCCUAGUGAUGAAAGGUUUGAUAGCGGUGUUGAUAAUAUUGAGAAUCCAAAGUGGUUUGUAGUGUGGAAUAGUCGCAUGAACACCCACAUUAUUCCAGAAUAUAUUGUGAGCUUCAAGUCUUCCGGUCAUUCUCAAGGGUGGAGAAGGCCAGUGGGUAUGCAAAAGUUGUCUUCUGUGAUGAAUCUUCCAUUUUGGAAACUGUUUGCAGAGAUUGGAAAGUCAUUGCCUGCCUCCAAAAUGCAUGCUUUGGAGAUUUUUUACAACCAGUACAAUGUGGGAAAGAUCAGCAAAGAAAUCUUCAUCAGAUACAUGAGGUCCAUUGCUGGGGAUAAGCUACUGAUCUCCUCGAUUAAAAGUUUGAAGGGCUAGGUAAAAAAAAUAACGAAAAUGUAGAUAAGCUAUAGCUUUUUGGUGCUAUUGAAACUUUUGUAUCUUGGGAUUUCUUCAGGUUUUAGAUAUCAGUUAGAAUGAAUACAGCUGUAGGCUUGUAGUUCAUAAAAUCUGUAAAUUUUCGCGGGAAAAAAAUUUCCACCCUUUGAAGAAGCUUCA